GCAGAAGGGGCACCUGACAACCCUUGACCUGGAGCGCCUCACGCUAAACCUGGUGACCCCCACCUGGACGGCCUCCCACCAAACCCUCACCUCCCCCACAGGCCUUGGUUUCCCAUUUGUUCUAGAGGCGCAGAACCAAACACCCUUUCCAGGUGCCUUUCUAGUCUUGAUACCUGCCCCUUGGCCAGGGAGUGACCGCUCUCUGCGUCGCGGCCGUUAGGGACAACCCCCGGGCGGCAGCCAUCUUCCUCCACAAGCUCCGCCCCGCGCGUCUCCCCCGUUUCUCGCCCUGAGCCUCGGGAGGCAGGGAGAACGAACAGGAGGCCGGGCCCUCACGGAGGCCCCGCCCCCAACAUACCUAUUGGGUAGUGAGGGAGGAGAAGGUGCCUGAUUGGCUAGAAAUGCUCCCGACGGCAGCCGCGGGGACGCACCCAUGAAGCCGGGGAGGUUUGUCUUGUGACCGCGGGCGGCCGCCGCUUCUUUCCAGAGCUUGGAACUUCGUUAUCCACGAUGCGUUUCCUGGCUGCUACAUUCCUGCUCCUGGCGCUCAGCACCGCCGCCCAGGCCGAACCCGUGCAGUUCAAGGACUGCGGUUCUGUGGAUGGAGUUAUAAAGGAAGUGAAUGUGAGCCCGUGCCCCACCCAGCCCUGCCAACUGAGCAAAGGACAGUCUUACAGCGUCAAUGUCACCUUUACCAGCAAUAUUCAGUCUAAAAGCAGCAAGGCCGUGGUGCAUGGCAUCCUGAUGGGCGUCCCAGUUCCCUUUCCCAUUCCUGAGCCUGAUGGUUGUAAAAGUGGAAUUAACUGUCCCAUCCAAAAAGACAAGACCUAUAGCUACCUGAAUAAACUACCAGUGAAAAGCGAAUAUCCCUCUAUAAAAUUGGUGGUGGAGUGGCAACUUCAAGAUGACAAAAACCAAAGUCUCUUCUGCUGGGAAAUCCCAGUACAGAUCGUGUUCCCUUGCCUGUUCUCUGCUCGCUGCCCAAUGCUAGCCACAGAGCACAGGUGUUUGCAGUUCCAAAUGGAGACUAAGAGCCUGAGAUUCUGGAGCAGACAUGGCAUGUCAGUGCGAGUCCCCUCACCUGCAGGGGCUUGGAGAAGGACAGCUCCCUUCUGGCAGGCCCUCCUCCACAAAUCAUAUGUCCCAGAUAAGCAGCCAGCAGGCAGAAAGAUCAGCUUAACUCUGACUGCCAGUGGGUAAGGCCAAGAAGGAGCCUGGCAGACAAAUGGAUGGCUGCUGGCCUUGAACAUGGCAGAGCCGCUGGGUGUGCCAGAUCAAAAAGCAGAGAGCAGGCCAGCAGCAGCAGACUGUUCUCAGUGCUGGAGAAAUGCAUUGCUCUGCUCACUACACCC